GGUAAGAAGGGCAACGGGCUAAUAAUACCGCGUUCACAUGAGGCUUCCUUAUGCAACCCGACAAACAAGCACGAGCCAACACCAAAAUUUGGGCUCUUUUAGCGAGGCGAGCGAGAGGAGAAGGCGUAAAGAUGGGUGAAGCUCAGUCAAGGUCAGUGAUGCUGCAACAUCAGGACCCCGCUGCUGUAGACUCCGCCUACUCCUCCUCCACUUCCUCUUCCUCCCUUCGAAACAGGAAGUACCAGGACCAGGACGGCAACUCCAACUUCCUGUCAACCACCACCACCUCCCCCGGCAACAAGGAUGAUGAAAACCGCAACCAAAUCCGACCCCGUAACUUAGGUCCACUCGGGCGUGACCCGCCGACCACCAACAACCCACCAGGGAAUUAUGGGAAUGUUUUGUCUCCGAGGUCCAGGAUGCCGUGUUGGACCACUCUGGAACCGCUGCCUGAAAUCGAAUCUGGGGAUGACGGAUAUGGCCGUGUCCCCCCCGAUGGAGCAGAGGAGGGUAAAAUCACAGAGGAAGAGGCCAGAAUCAUGAUGCAGCAAUUCGAAGAGAAGCAACGCGAGAAGCUCCAGGCGAUUCAGCGUCGCAGGAGCAGUUUGGGUCUGAGAGGAGAGGACCGCGAGGAAAUACGACAGAUGGAGAACGCAGACGAGUGGGGAGACAGUGGCUCAGACUCUGAGUACAGUGAGCGCUCUGAGAGCAUGGCCUCUCUGCAGCUGGAGGGAGGAGGCGCAGAGGAGAGCCCCAUGGAGAGGUGGGACCGCAUCGGGGUCGGAGAAACCAAGUCCAGUCUGGAGAAGAGGCAGUCUCUGAGCGCCAACGACUACAGCAGUCUGCUCGAUGAUGAUGAAGAUCAGUCCUCAGACUCGGACGGGGAGCGCGGGGAGCUGCUGGACGCCGUGUGGACGCUCAGAGAUCGUGAGCGUUUCAAAGCUCAGGAGAUGGAGAAGCACCAGACCCAGCUGACCAUGUACAGACGUCUGGCUCUGAUCCGAUGGGUCCGGACUCUGCAGACCCGGGUCCAAGAGCAACAGAACCGCCUCCAGUCCAGCUUCGAUCUCAUCCUCACCCACAGGAAGGAGCUGCUCAGGGUGGGGGCAGCCGCUAACGUGGCUAAUGCUCCGCCCACUGCAGUCGGACAGUCAUAAGAGAUGAAGGAGUGGAUACAAGUACCAUAUAUUGGUCAUUACGUUUUACAUGUCAUUUAUACAGUAUCAGUUUCCUACUAUCAUACAAUAAACACUAUCAGACAAAUAGGCAAGGCAAGUUUAUCUGUAUAGCACAAUUCUUAUUUUUCAGUGCUUUACAGAAAAAGAAAUACAUUAAAAUCACAAUACAAACACAUCAAAACAUGAAUAAGCAUCAUCAAAUGAACUUGCAAAGAGAAGAAUGCAGAAUAAAAAACAGCAAUAACAAGUGUAUUCAUGUUCGUUACCAGCUCAUAAUCAGGUUUCUUUAAAGACAAUAACACAUCUGUAAUAAGUAACAUCAGUUAUCAUGUGUAGAAUAAAACUGAGCCCUGGGUACAAGUCAUGCUGGUGGGCCUGUACUUUACGUUCUCUGUAUAUACAAAAUACACAUUACAGACUACGAGGAACCCUCUCUUCAGUGUUGCCAGAUUGGGUUUAAUGAUUUCCACCCAGUCACGUUUGAAACCCACCCUCUUAAGCAAAAAAAACAAAAACAAAAAACCCACAAGAUUUUGACACAGAAACCAUUUCAUCUUUGAAUAAACGUAUGUGAUCCAUUGUUGGGCUUUUGAAAAACAUUGUCAGUAUUGAGAAAAUGUGUUAAAUGUUAAAUGUAGAACAGUAUUUUCAUUUAUCACAGAAAAAAGGACAUUUAAUAUUUAAUUUAAAAUGUUCUAGGGUAUUUAAUCUGUAGACUUUUUAAAAACAUUGCCAGGAUUUAUAAAACUGCCAGGUUAUAUAAAACCUCUGGCAAAACAUAGAACAGCGUUUUCAUCAAGCACAAAAGUGAAUAUCAUCAGUGUUCAGCUACAGCCUCGGCUACUGCAAGAACAGCAAACACAGAGCCUGAAACUCAUACAUCAAAUUAAAUCUCUGCAACAGCUGCCGGGGAGGUCUGAACGUAGCAGACGUCCAUUCAUUUGUGCACAGGCCGGAGAGCUUGUGUUAUUGUGUAUCGUGUUGAUUGGUGUGAAAACAAAAAAUGCCCAAACUUGUUGAAAAUUGCCCAAAUAUGAUCUGCCCGCUCGACUUUGUCAAAAGAAGCCCAACUGAGCAGGCACCCGCCCAAUCUGGCAACACUGCCUCUCUGUAUUGGGCCCUGGGUAAACACGAGCCCUUCAGAGCAUCUGUAACAAAUGCCUCAGCCACUCUUGCUGGCUCUUCUUGAUGUGGAGGAGCAGCGGCUCUACUCUGAGCUUCUCCUGGGUCACUCUCUAUCUACCUGGAGCAUUAUGCCUCCGUCCUACACCAAAACAAGAGUCAAUCUAUAACUCCAGAGUCACUCACAUCAUCUUAUAGGGCCCAUCUCAUGCAAAAUCACCUUUUCAGAGCUUUCUACCUUCUAAGAGUGAUGUGUGGGCCUUGUAUAUGUCGCCCAAGUGGUUUUUAGAUUGAUUUGGCAUUUUUUAAAAACAAAUUGCAGAGUAUUUCUGCCACCCUCCCACGUGACAACGAACUAAAGCUGCUACAACGAUUACGCGGCAGCUACACCUAUGACGCGUUUGACGUAGCAGAAAACGCUUCGCACCCGCCCCCCUCCCCCGCUCUACCGCCUCUACCCCGACUGCAGUGAACACAAUAUAAUAAAUUUAUCUACUAGUGUUUAUUAAUACUUAAUACUAAUUACCAAUCAGUAAUGUUCAGCUGAUGUGGACGCGGUGCUUGAGCUUCGUGCACCUCAAAGUCCUCGUCUGAUUCCGGGUCCAACACAUGCGGCUGAACGUGCUGUAUCUCCAUGAUGAAUAAAAGUUUAUUCCUGCUGCUAUCAGGGUGCACGCCUGUCUCCCCCUCCCUCCCUGAGAUGGGCGGAGGAAGGGCGGCUCACUCAGAGCCUACGUCACGUUUUCUGUCUGUGCUUUCUCAGGACGAGCGGGGGGAUGAGGAAUAGUCAGUCUUUCAUAGUUCCUGGUCUGUGAUUGUCUCCAAGAAAUUAAUAAGAUUUCAGAACUAUUGUGUAAUGGAUGUUCCAAACCCAAAUUGUGCUUGUUUAUGUGUAGAAGAUACAAUGUGAAAAGAAUUAUUUUGCAUGAGAUGGGCCCUUUAGGUGACCAAGACUUGUGUAAAACCAUAGUAAAAGUAUAAGUUGUAUUAGAGUGAUCUCCUCUUCAGUCUGCAGCCUCACUCGCAGCGUCCUCCUGAGAUGGUCACCCUCUGAACUGUAGGUGUUCCGUGCAGAUGAACACAAGUCUCCUCAUUGUUUCCUUCUAGUAUAGACACUUUUAUCACAAUUUCUACUUCCUCUGGACUGUAGUUGGACUUUCUCCUCUGUUCUCUAUCCAUGGGUCCAUUUUGAGGACUUUUCACCCUUCAUCGCCAUGACAACAGUCCUGAUUGUUCAUCAUGUCAAAACAAUGGAUACGACUUUUCUGUUCAAACAUUCAGCCCAUCUGUUCACCUUUGUAUGUGAAUGUUCUAGUUCCGCAGACACUAAGCAGCUAAAGGUUAGGACGUAUAGAGCAUGCCAUUCACCGUCCAUGAGGUUGUUGGUUCAAUCUUGCUCCAUGUGUCCUUGGGCAAGACACCUCCCCCGCUUGCCCCCAGUGUGUGUAGCACUGGUGUACGAAUGUGUAAAGUUCAAAUCUCGUGUAUGUGUCUUAUUCUGUAAAUGUGCAACUCAAGUGUAUGGAAUGAAAAUAUGAUCCAGAGAUUGUUUAUAUGAUUACAAUAAUGUACAGAGAGAGAAUUAUUGAUAAAUUAUGAACAUGAAUAAAUAAGAGUUUAU